UCUCAGCGAACUACCAAUUCAAAUCACAGAAAUGGAGGGAAACCACCUCAAUUCCGUUUCUCCAAAAUCUCUCUGAUUCCGACGUUCUCACUUCCGAACCGAACCAAAAAAACCCUAUCACCGUUCCGCAAAGCAAAUCCCUCCAUGGCGGAAACCCUAAGCCCCAACCCCACGAUGGAUCAGAAGCAGAGGCUCCGCAUCCUGUCCCCGACCAGCCCCUUCAUCCUGGGCUCCAACGACGACAAGCUCGAACGCGCCCAGGCACGCGACGCACGCGCCACCGCCAUCCGCCGCAAGAGCCUCGCCCUCAAUCAGCCCCUUCAGCCCAACUCCGAUCCCUGCCUCAACAAACAGCAGAUCAUCGACUUGUUCCAAAACUGCAUCAAACUCGCCAGCGAAAACAAAAUUAAUCAGAAAAAUACGUGGGAGUUGAACCUGAUUGACCACCUCACUGAUAUCAUCAAGGCGGAAGAAGAAAAUGAUGCGGAGACUAAUUUUCAAAAGGCAAGCUGCACUCUUGAGGCUGGAGUCAAAAUUUAUUCAUUAAGGGUGGAUUCAGUGCAUUCUGAGGCAUAUAAAGUUCUUGGUGGGAUGAAUAGAGCAGGCCAAGAAGCUGAGGAAGAUACUACCCUGGAUGUUGUUAAUAUUGAAAGUGGACAAGUAGAAAGCAGGAAAGAAACGAGCAAAAAGUUGUCACCUUUGUCAACAUUGGAAUCAUCUUUUGAGGCACUUAAUGUAAAGAAGUUCGAUGCUGCAUUUGUCGUGGAUCCUCUCUAUCGCCAAACAACAGCAAAAUUCGAUGAAGGUGGAGCCAAGGGUCUUUUAAUGAAUAAUCUCGGAGUAUAUGGUGACUGUAGGGUGCUCUUUGAUUCACAAGAAGUUCCUGCUAAGUGUAUGGCAAGCCAAAAUCAAUCUGAUAUUUCAGAUACUAUUGAUCUUUCCUUUGCCAAAGAUUGUAUUGAUCAAAUGGUGUUGGACAUGCGUGUAAAGGAUGAAAUUUCUCCAAGUCUCAGGACUAUAGUAAACCAAUUUGAUGAAAGUAACAGAAGACCCGCUGAUAUUCAACUUCAAGGCCAGAAUUCAGCUGAAGAUCUUGACAAUGCUGAUAAUAAUGAAAAUGGUUUUUACAGAGAAGAAUAUGAGAACUGCAUGGCCUGGAGUGAUGAUCGUGAUGACCACACAGUUGUUGCCGAUCCAGGUUAUAAUGAUGCAGAUCCAAGUUUUCCCAGUUACCCUCAGGACAAUGAUGAGCCAUUUCCUUCCCCAGAAAUUGAUAUGGAUGACAGAUUUGAAAAUGUUGACGGGUAUUUAUUUUUGAGUCUGGGUUUUAGUUCAAAACAAAAUGCAUGGGCAGGGCCUGAUCAUUGGAAGUAUCGAAAAUCCAAAGUCUCAGAGGUUCAUCCUACUUCUGAAGAUGGGUCGACCCUAAAAAGUAGACAGCCAAAGAGUAAGAGACAAACUGAAGUUGAUUUAAAUUUCACAAAUUCUCUUGAGAAAAAAAUGCUAGAUACAUUUUCUCCUCCCAAGAAUCCCAAAUUGUUACUGCUUCCUGAAAGCAGAUUACCUUGCAAUACAAAACUUCCUGAGGAUUGUCACUAUCAGCCAGAAGAUCUUGUCAAGUUAUUUCUUCUGUCUAAUGUAAAGUGUCUCGGGAGGAAGGCAAACAGGUUCUCAGAUGGAUCUAGAGAACAAUCCGAUGAAUAUGAAUCAUUCCCUUCGUGGGAUAAUGGAAGUGUUUGUGGGGAUGACGCUGGUGACUACGGAGGUGAUCUUCAUAGUGACAUGGAGGACACCGACACUCUUGUUACUCAGCCUCGUCAGGUCAGUAAAAUUGAAGUCCAGUAUGACAAGACUUCCAAACAAGUCGAUGUUCAUGCACUAAAAAUUACUCUUUGGGACCAUGUUCAAGAAUCUGUUAAACUUCCUUUAGAGGGUCAAAAAGAUACCUUAUCUUUCAGGAAUAUAUUAGCCAACUUUCCUAGCGAAUGCAAUGCUGCUGCAACAAUUAGUGACAUCUCUCCUCAUCUGUGCUUCAUAUGUCUAUUGCAUUUGGCAAACGAGAAAGGAUUGAGCAUUCAAAACUCCCCUAAUUUGGAUGAUCUUGCCAUACUGUUUCCACAAGUUGCUGAUUCUAUGAGGGGAACAGUUUAGAUUCCUCUUCACUCAAUUAUUCUUCAGCUCAGGAAUCAAGAAACGAUGGGGACUGUUUUACUAGUGAAACACGUCCAAGAAAGCAUUGAAGUGAGCAACAAGUUUGUGGUUGGAGGUUGCAAAUAUCAGUUUGCUUAUGGUGGUUUAACACUCGUUAAGGAAAUUUCAGACCUAUAAUGGCUCCUUGUUAUUAUUCUGUACAUGAAAGUAUUCAACACAUGUAGUGCUCAAUUUCAUUCUCCACUCCAGCCCGUUUCAUGUGUUCAAUGCUCUGGCUUUUACGAGAAUGGCUAGUGUUGGUAUAAACAAAGGCAUAGACUGAUGGAUGAGCGACUGAUUAUUGAAUCGCACUUACCUAUCCCUCCAUUUUCUAUUAAUUGUCAAACUGAAAUAAUCAAAUUUAUUUGUAAAUAAUAAUAAUAAUAAUAGUAGUAGUAGUAGUAAAUUUUA